AUGAAUGCUCCAGCGUCUGGGGUAUUUCUUGCAAUAGAGAGAGAAGGCGCGACUGGCUUGUUCAUCUUCUUCUUCAAGUACGACGGCCUUGGGUGGAGGAGAAGCAGUGCUGGCGUGAAGAUAGAAACCCGUCGAACUGAACCAGAGGAGCUUGAGGAAGAGAGAUUUGCAUCAGUGUUUUGUUCGCUUUCCUUUUCUCUUUAUCCAACUGCAGGGAAAGAAGAUGAAAGUCAAGGUCUUGCAUGGCAUGCUGUUGCGUCAUGGACUUGGGACGCUCAGGAUGAAACAUGUGGGAUUUGUAGGAUGGCCUUUGAUGGCUGUUGCCCAGACUGUAAACAUCCUGGGGAUGACUGCCCUUUGAUUUGGGGAGCAUGCAAUCAUGCUUUUCAUUUGCACUGUAUACUGAAAUGGGUGAAUUCUCAGACUUCGCAAGCUCAUUGCCCUAUGUGCCGUCGGGAAUGGCAGUUUAAAGGAUGAGAUAAUGCUUCAUGCUCUUUGAAGUUUGAUCUCUGUCUCUCACACCAGCCCAUAGCUUUAUAUGCCCACAACAUUUAAAAAAAAAAAAAAAUGGCAGUAGCACCCUUUAUUAGAGAAAAAUAUCGUUGGCGAAAAGUAUAUAUAGAGAGAGGGAGAGGACAAUGUUGAAUGAAUGAGAUCAAGUGGAACUUCUGAUAGUUUAAGGAUUUUAUUUUUUGGGGGUAAAAAGUAGUUUUAGGAUUCUAAUUCUAAAUUGAGUAAUAUUUGUUGUUUGUGAUAACAUAUUCAGACCAAUUAGUAUUCUACAAAGGCUGGUUUCAAUCGAAUGAAGUGCUUUGUGUAUUUAUAUGCUUU